AUGUACUUACGUCCCCGGCGGCGUUUUUACUUUGCAAUCGACGAGAUAAAGCAAGAACUCCUUUGGUAUCGACAGGAGGCCGAUUUCACUUCUCACAGAGACCCUUUGGGAAGUAUUCCUAUACAAUCUGCUUACAUCACAAUCAGUGAAAACAACGAUCGCGCCUUUGUUUUACAGUGAGUUUUCCUUCCAGAAUUUUUUCAAGGUCAUGCCAUUUCCAUUGGCGUGACUUUUAUUUUCCCAAAAUUUUUGAUGCGUCAUUUCCAAAAGCCUCAAAAAUGACCAAAAGCCGUGAACAAAGGAAGUCUUCCGACAGAGGAAAAUCAGUCCGGCAUGCUAAUCAAACAAUGGUUUCAGCGUUUGCGGCAAGUCUAUCGAAUUGGAAGCGGACAAUAUCAAAAGCUCGCAGUGCUGGCUGGAAGCUUUUUCCAACAGGUGAACUUUGACAUCAUCUUUUUUAUUGAAUCAAUGAAUUUUUGUAGAAGCACCGACGCGGAAAAGCAAAAAUUGUCUUUGGCGAUGCUCAGAAAGAGCAAAAGAAGCGUUAGUUUGCCUGUAAGUUCUAUUGCUUUUUUUUUUAAAUCAACAAAAUUCUCAGGACCAAGACUCGUUGAUAACAACCAAUAAAUUUCGUCUGUGUAGAAAAAGUAAGUCUUCUAAAUUCUUUUCAACUCAAAAAACUUUAAUCCCCAGAUUCUUCCCCUGCAAGGCAGUACUUCCGACCGAUAAUGCCUAAACUGUUUGGAGAAGAGAAGCUACCGGUUAAAAAUACAUUUAUACGCAACACAAAAAAGUAUUUCAGUUAGAGUUCGAUCUACCAGAAGCGGAAAUCACGGACUGGGUUUCUCAAUGGCUACGUCAAGAGAAGUUUAACAGUAUUUCUGAGUAAGUUCGCAUGGCUUUUCCCAAAAUUCAUGAGUUAUCAGCAACGAUCUGGACGUAUCCACAACAUCUUCCAACAACCAAAGCUCGCAAGUUUCAAUGAGUGGCGCGGAGAGGUUCAGAAGGGGAAAAAUAGUGAGAAAAUUAGUUUUUCAGGUCCGACAAUGAAGAGCUGGAACAGCUUCGCCUCAUCACGAAUUCUCAAAAAAAGAAAAUUGAAGAAAUGAAAGCGGAGACGAAUGCUUUGACGAUGCAUCUAGAACAAAUGCGGCAAGUUCCUUGA